AUAUAUGUCAACCAAAGAAAUAACAUAAAUAUUAAUAUUUGACCAAGUUUAAUUCUAAUUAACAACAAAAAAUGAAAAUUUGUAGUCCCUUUAUAAAUAAUCCGAAGAAUAAUAACACAAAUUUAUAAUUUGGUUUUGCAAUUCUACGAAAAUAUAUCUUGUAAGUGUUUUUGUAACAAAAAAUAUAUUUUUUAAACGAGCAAGUCUUCUAAAGUAUGGAAUCAGGGGAGCGCAGAAGAAAACAUAGGCAUAGGGAAAGCAAUAUUGAGAUAGACCACAAAAAAAUUAAAGACAAAAAACGUCGGCAUCACCGUAGAAAAAAUGAAGAAAGAAAUCUUGAACAUUCCAACAGUGUUUCCAAAAACAAUCAACCAAAUACUGAGAGUAGCAACUCGGUGAAAAGGAACAAAGAUGAAAUAUAUCUUAAAUAUAAUAUUCAUGGGGACAAUGUCAUAGAAAUUGGAAAUGUUAAAAAGGAGACAAAAGAUCACAAACACAGAAAACACAAAGCAUCAAAAGAAAACAGCUCUGCAGAUAGACAAAUCGUAGAAAAAUAUUCCGAAUAUAAAAACAAAUCUCACAAAAAACAAUUUGCACAGUUACAAGAUACACCUUCAGCAAAAGAAUCAUUACAAAAGUGUAAGACAUUUCAUUCAGGUGAAAACUACCAGCAUAGACCACGUUCAUCAAUCCAUACAAAGCUAAAAGAUAAGGAAGAAAGAAAACCUAGAGCCAAAAGUGAAAAACAUAGAACAGAAAAUAAAGUGUCUGAAAUUUGGUACUGUCAUAUAGAUAAUACUGAACCAUUUAAAGAUUGUGUUAAGAAUCAAGAAUGUUCUAAAACUGUAUGUGGAAAAGUCAGACAAAAAGACCACCCAUAUGUUAAAGAAAGAGCGAAAUCUUCUCCAGAAGACACAUGCAAUUGUGUUCAUCAACAUAAGCAUUUAUCUAAUGCAACAAAGUCUAAAAAUGCCCCUCUUAAAGAGCACUCCAAAUCUGUAUUAAAUGUCACUAAAGGAAAAAGUAAUGUGGAAGAAAUUAUAGGAAAGGAAUGCUCAAGAACUAUAGAACACAACCUUAAAAGCUAUUUUGUUAAAAUUGAAAAACUAAUAGAUCAAAAACUUAACAGUUACCUCCAACAAAAGAACACAACAAGAGGAUCUCUUGAAGGCAAGCAAGGACAGGCGGAAAAAGAAAGAAAUAAGCACAAACGUAAUCAUAAAAAUCGGGAAUCGAAUAUGAAGAAAAGAAAUGUGUCUAUAUCUUCUGAAUCUUCUCGAAACGAGAAUGAAAGUAGAAAACUAUCUGUAUCUCCUGCUAGAUUACACCAACGUUCCAGAUCAAUGUUUGCCGAUAAUGUAGAAAUGUCUCCAAGUAAUGUCGAACAGUGGACAAAAAAGCAAAAGACAAAAUUUAAAGAACAAAUAAAAUCCAAGGAUCGUAGUAAAUCUGGUAAGCGAGAAAAUCCUCGUGGUGAGAAAAAAUUUGAAAAUGCCGAAGAAGAUUACAAGAAUAUUAAUUUUGAAAAGGCUUUUAUACGACGUAGUAUUCGAUCAGAAGAAAAAGAAAAUAAAGUUCGCAAGAACAAAAGAAUACCAGAAUCAGCUGUAUCAAUACCAAAUGGUGAAGGACUGGUUGCUGCUUCGAAAUAUAGAGAAGAUGUUCAGGAAUAUUCUCGAUAUUAUCCUGAUAAACAGUCUGAAAUAAGGGAAAGAAGGUUAAAAUCUAGACACAGGACUAAAAGAGAAGACUUUCUACAUGUACCAACACAACCGGAUCCUGCACUUUCAAAGAAUUAUACAAGGGCCAGAGAAAAUGCUGUGUCAAAACAAAACAGACGAAAAUUAUCGCCAACAAAUAACAACAAUGCUUCUAUAAAUAUUCCUAAAGAAAAGUAUCGUAUGAAACCAACUGAUUCCACAAAUUUGGUUGAUUCUCCAAGAAAUAAAGACUAUAUUGAAAACCCAUCUACUUCCAUUGUAUAUUUUAAACCAUCAGUCUCCAGUGAAAAUAUUAAUAGUUUGUCUCUCUAUAGUCAGGACGCUAGCAGAAUGAACUAUUUUUCAAAGCAACGUAAAGAAGAUAAUAUGCCCUGUCAAAGAUAUUCUCAACGGCCAGAAAGUUAUUCUCGAAGAAAAUCUAACUUCACUGUAGAGGGUAUUGAACCAGCAAAAAGAUUAAAUACAACAAAAACUGCAACAAAAAAUACCUCGUUAAAGAAAAAUCUUGAAUGUAAAACGGUAUCUGUUAUAACAAUUCCACCGCAAAAUCAAAGUACUAAAUAUAUUCCCUUAGAAGAAGAACGAGAAAAUUUGAUGGAAAACCCGAAUAAGAUGAAACGUCUAAAGCUUUAUUAUCAAUGUUCUUUGGACAGUAAUAAAUGUUCAGGUAGCAAUUUUUCCGAAGAUCGCAGCGUUUUCAAUGAAAGUCUUAAAAUAUUAUCUGAUUUCUCAACUCCAAAUAGGGAUUUCAAUGAAACUCAGCAAGUUAACAAUUUACCAAUUAAACACAAAGAUAGUGUAGUGAAAGACUCAUCUAGUAUAUUACCACCAACACGUGAAAGACGCAAUAAAUUUGACGACGAAUAUCAUAGUGAAGUUAGCAAUAGUUUUGACAAUCACCAUAGCAGCUUCCCUCAAAGCAACUCCAAAAGACCUCACCGUAUACCAUCAAUAUCCCCUAAUCAAUUGUCUAGUCCUGAUCGGGAUAUCAAAAACCAGCAGGAAAAAAGAAAAAUUAAACAUUUACCAAAUGAUGGUAAUUUGAAAUCAAAAUCCGACAUAAGUCUGGUUUGUAAAAUUUCUGAAGACAAUAGUGCCCUACAAAAAAAACUUAUGUUGCUGGAAGGGCUCAAAGAUAAUAAAGACUUAAAACUACAAAAAGACACAGCCCUUUUUAACCUCAAGGUUUUAAAGAAUGCUUUAAAAACACAAAACAUGCUCUCUAAAGAGCAAUUUCCUAACAACAAUAAUCAAAUAUUACAACAUCUGGAAAAUAUGUACCAUAUAUAUUUGGCAACACUUUCUCAUGGUAAUAAUGAGGUGGAUAACAAGAAUCGUAACAUAACUGAUGAUCAAGUUGUUACUACUCAACAAGAUGUAACCAACUUACAUAAAAAAGUUGAAAAACUGGUUGACAAAGCUGAAAAAAUUGAUGAACGCCCGAGUAAAGAUAUCGCUGAUAAACAACUACAUCCAAAGUCUAAUCAUUUCUCCCAUCACGAUGAUAAAAAGGGUAUAGAAGAUUUGGAAAACUGUAAAUACAAAACUGUAGAUACAUCGUAUCAUAAUUUAAUUGAAGAUAAUCAACCAGAAAAUUUUACCAAAAUUACAUGUCCGACUGAAUUAAAAGACGCUAGCACUUCAAAGAAAUUAAUUACUACCAGUGACAAGGUCACGUCCUAUCAUGAACUACCUAGCUUCGCAAGAAAAGAUGAUUCCAAUGAUAAUAACACAGAUGCUUAUUACAUUUCCCAUAAUUCUAUAACAACUUCCACUGAAAAUCCAAAAGAAAUAGGAGACAAGACCUUCAAAUCUAGCGAUAAGUCAGCUAAGAUGGUAAAAACUGUUAUGACGACCAAAGGAUUGAAAGGUAAAGAAAACAAAGCAAACUGUGCAUCAAACGUUACUCCAGAAGACUUGAUUCCUAAAAUUGAUAUUUCUGUUGAAAAAGUGAAUAACCAGGUUGAAGAAGAUCAUGACACAAAUUUCAAUAGAAAAAUAACUGAAAUGAAAGACAUGUCACAUGUUGAUACUGUUUGUACAAUUGAAAUUCAAACCCAGGACGAAUUUAUGAUGUUAGAGGUUCCCCAUUUAGAAAAAAAGGAAAUUGGAGUCCAAUCUUUGGUAAACUAUAGAAAACCUCUGACUAGCAGGCCAAGUUAUAUUGAGGAAACACCCAAAACUCCUAAAAAGACUUCUAGGAUACCUCAAUGUAUUAAUAAAUUACCCAAGGAGGCUCAUGAAUUAACUACAGGUGAUAGCAAACGUCUAGACUUGCAAGAUAUUACAAAGGACGAACAAUCAUAUAAAUUAAAGGAUAAACCUGGAGAUAUGGUUAUUACAAAUUUCAGCCAGCUCAACAAAGAAAUAAAUAUAAAGAAUGAACCAAAAGAAGAAGUUAGAGAUCCAGCAAUGUACUCUCCAAGAAAACAAAAACAAAACAAUUCCAGUUUAGUUCCUUCUACGAGAAUACCACGAAAAAUGAAACAGCACAGUACUCCUGCCAAAGAUAUAAAGACUAGAGACAACUACGGAGGUGAUUAUCUUCUUAAGAAAUCUCAAUCAGAAAUUAGCCUGAGAAAGUUGAAUUCAAGUAGAGAAAAGGGAAGGACAUCAAGUCUAAUAUGUCUACAUAGAUAUCUUAACAAUCCAAAUUUAGCAGAUAGCUCAAAUUCUGGCGUGGACAGCUUCUAUUUAGGCAGAUCUGUAGUAAAUGAGCCAAAUGUAACAAGUAGACUUCUAUUAACUAAGGACUAUAAGCCACCUCAAAUGAGUUCUUACCAAAGAAGAAAAAUAUACGAUAAGAGUAUACGAAGCAAACUGAAGAAGAAGAUGUGCAAUGAAAGGAAAGUGAGACAAAUCUUUGAAGUAAGAUACUUGACGUUGGGUAAGAAUUUAGAGGGGAGCAAUGCUAAGGUUUUGAAUAAAAUACCUGAAAAUUUAGUAGAAGAAAGUAUAGAGCGACCCAUUGAUGAAUUUAUGGACGAAACUCUUCGAUUGUUAGGUAAAAAGAACUCUGAGAAACUUUUAACCUUUAUCCAGGAAAACAUAGAUACAGUAAAGCGUCUCAAUGUGGUUGAAUUAUUACGAAGAUUGGCAGAUUCAGCGGAAUGUUCAAAAUUGGAAACAAAAGUAAAAGAAGACACUUCCAAAGAAGUUGUCAACUUUUUUAUAGCUUUAAAUCAUUGCUUAAGAACAUUCUGCAACUCUGAAAAUCCAGCAACGCACAUUAGAGAAGCUGUAUCAUCCAACGAUAGUACUAUAGUACAAAGUUCAGAAACGUACACCUUAAGUAAACAAUCUGGUAUAACUCGUAAUUGCAGCUGCCGCACAAUUCAACCUUCAAAUUCUUCAUUUGAUUUCUUGUACCAAGAUGACGAUAAUCAAAAUCUAGUAGAAAAAAAAAUUAAUUUUAACCCCAUUCUAGGAUUUACCUUCAAACACAACUCAAAAAUAAAGCAGACUGAAACUGGUAGUUUUGCGGAGUCAUAUAAUUCUGAAGAUAGUGGUUAUGUCAGGUCGGAAAAGUCAAAACAUGACCCUUUAACUUUCUUCAAAAGGCCAAUUAUGGCAGAACUGCUACGACCUCGUGCAGAAUUGUUUGGAAACACUCCUUCGUGUUAUGAAAUGAAGAAUGAAUCGAUGGAUACUAUUAAAGAGGAUAUUGCUCCAAGUAUCACUAGUUAUUAUCCUUAUGCAGAACUUAAUGAUUCCUUUCACGUUAAUAAUAACCAUUCAAAUAAUGCCAAAGAUGGAGAAGAUAUGAACGAUACGACUGACAAAGACGAUAGUCUAAUAUUUGAGACAGUCGAAAUGUCUACAAACAUUCGUUUAAAGAGAUAUGCAUACCCUUAUUAUCAUAAAAAUGAAGAUAUUGACAAACUACUAGAAUUAGAGGAGUUGAAUACACAAAAAAUGAACUCUGGUGAAUUAAAAUUGAAAGAAAGCAUUAGCAAUGUAGAUUUUAGUCUAAAAAAAGAAGAGUUUACUAGUCCCAAACGAGCUCAAAGUGAAAUCGUAUUACCUAAAUACUCUCAGAUUGGUUAUACAUGUAAUUUUGAUGAAAAUUGUGAGAAUGUUUUUCAACCAAUGCCAUUGUUUAGAGAGAUUAUGGAGAAUAAUUGUCUAGAAGACAUUGUGGUGUUAAAAAAGAUUCUGGAUCCUGGAGUGUAUUUGAUGUCUACAAACUUCAAUAUGGGCUAUAUCACACUACAUAUUAACACGGAAGAACACAAUACCACAAAUAGUCCACUUUUUGACGAAAAUCUAUUAAAUCAAAACAACUUAUACAUAAAAUACGAUGUGUCAACUUGCAGUUGUAUUUCUGAUGUGAAAAAACUAACGACAAUGAAGUUUUUUGAAAAUUUAUUGAACGUUUAUGAAAUAGAAGAGGAUUUUAGCUUUAAACUCUUUAGCGACAAAAGCUUUAUGAAAAAUGAGCUGUUUUCAGUUAUAUCACAGAUUAAACCAGGGAAAGGUAAAGGAAAGUUCACUAGAAGAAUGAGAUUCUUUUUCAAAAAUAUUUUUUGUGGUAAAGAAAAAGUAAGGAGUAAAAAAUCUUUGGAUAAUGGCGACAAAGUAAUCUACCCACUGGAUGAAUCAUUCCAAAAGAGUUUUCAAAUACUAGCAGACUAUGCAGUUAAAAAUUUCUCCCAAUUAAUUGGAGCGCUAUUGCCUAGCUUUGAGAAAAACGACGAGUACAAGAUUUAUGGUUUUUUAACAUUGCUGCAUAAGAUCAAAAGUGGCCAUUUUAAUUUUAUAAAGGUAUCCAAGAUUAGCGACAUAAAAGAAGAAAUGAAAAAUCAAAUCAAACAAGCUUUCCAGAAUGUAUAUUUAAUAGCAAGUGAUGAGGCCUAUCAUUUACAGAGAAAAUUUAGCGAGAAUGAUAUGAAACUUGCUGGAGCGUUAGUCUGUAAAUAUAGAAGUGCUUUGUUGAUACAAAAUGAUUUAGUAGCUUCCUAUUUGGGAAAAGGAUUUUUUAAGACUGAAUUGGAGCUUAAAGCUUCUAUCAUCUAUAUAAUGAAAGUGUUAAGUAGUAUAACCGAACUGGAAGAUUAUGAAAUUAUUGGAAGAAACACCGUAUGUAUUGAUAGCUAAAAAUAUGGUUAUGUAUAUUCCAUAAAAAUAAAUUGCUAAGAAAUUUA